AUGGCGAGCAACACCAAAUCGAAUGACCCAGGCAAGCCCCGUUGGGUAGAGCCCGUCGCCCUCAGCCAGGGGCAUCCCCAGACACCAGAAGGCAUAGAGGUCUUUGUUCAAGACCAUGGCGUCAGUGUCACUGAACGUGAGGCGUCGAAUGCCUCCCCAUUAAAGGCUGCUCGCUCCUCUCGAGAGGCGUUUUUCAAACGUCCAGAUGAACUCCUAGACAGUCCAGUUAUCGCAAGUGCCUUCACCUUCGGCCCUCCAUUGAGACUGAACCCGUCAUAUACGACUGUGUCGGGUUUCAAAAGCAAGCCGCAACCGCUAUACUCAUCUCGAAAACUGAUUGAGAACCAGGUGGUUGGCACAACGGAAGACUUUGAUACGCAGCUCCCGGUGCUCAGUCCAGGCCUAGUGGUCGAUUCCGUCCCAGUCGUAAGCCAGGCAGCGGACCAACACACGGAUAGAAACUCAACACUUGAUGGUGUCCCGGCUGAGACUGCCGCAUGUCUUUCUGUGGCCGUGGGCGAUGGCCCAGACAAGCAGUCUGGGUCUUCAAUUCAGCAGCGUCCUUCUCAGACAUCCCCAGGGUCAGGGGGGAAGACAACAAAGGGCACAGUGUCUGAUGAAGCAAAAGAGGGCUUGCUCCACGGAGAUCUCACUGUACCUAAUUCACCAAGACAGACUCAUUCAGCUUCAAGUCCAGUCAGCGACCUCUCCUUUACCGUCAAGGACCUGCCCUCGAAGAAUCGUACGGGAGGUCAUGGCAAGGUUAAGAAAGCAUCUCCACAUUCUGUCGGACGUUUCCAUACCCACACCAGGCCCUCUACGGUGCGAUCCAGCUCUCAUGUGUCAAAUAUUUCCAAGCGAAGAACGCCAAACCGACCUCUACCCUUGUCUCAAAUUACGGCGCACACUCCCUCUUCAGAUCGUAUGCCGAUCAGUGCAGACAUCUACACCGCCGCAGACCUAAGAAUAUUUGCAGAGGAGUUCCUGGGAAGUUACAACCACAUCUUUCAGGAGGGUCAGAAGAAGCGGGACGAAAUCGAGGCCAAGAUUGCGAGACUCUAUGACAAGAUCAAACUCCAGGCUUCCGAGAUCAAAGAGCGAGACUCACUUGUUACUGCUCAGGAUUCUGAGAUCAAAAGCUUACAGGGGGAGAAAAAGAGGCUGAGCAACCAAGUGGCAACACUCGAGAGCUCCAAAUCUCGGCUGCAGCAGCUUGAGGAAAAACUUCGCAUUCACAAGGGACAUCUAAAUGCCGCGAUGAAGGAGCGGCAUGAGUUGUUCAGGAAGUCAAGAGCAGCAUGUCAGCAGACCCUGGCUGAAAUUCGAUCCGAGAAGCAUGCCCAAGAGCUUCGAAGGGAAGAUAUCAACAAAACGUCUGAGGCCGCACGCAUCCGCCUGAUGGGAAGUGUCAAAGCCGCCAUCAACGAGAGCAGGAAGCAGGCGGAAGAGCAAAGCCGCCGAAUUGAAGAUCUCGAAGAGAAAAUCAGACACCGAGAUGUUCAAUUGACUCAGGAAAAACAACUGUCUGAGAGCCUCCUUCGGCAAGCAGAAGCACGCCAGCAUGUCGACACUUGUCUCCAGAGCCUGGCUCUGCAGUCGACAGACAUUCUAAAGAAGCUAGUUAAUAUCAGUGACGACGUCAAAACUGCAACAGAUGAAUGUACCGCAACCCAGGGGAGGAGUGCUGAACGAAUCAUGGGACGUCUGGAUACCAUCACCCACGAAAUCCCUUGCCAGGCCGAGAUCUUGUCCAACAUCGAACGCCUACACGGCGAGAUAUCAUCGAAGCUUAUCUCUGAAAUCACUCCCACAAUUGAUGCCCAGAAAAGCACCGAAGGCUUGAUCUCUCAGAUGUCACUCGAACUUAGAUCACAAGCGGAAACAGUAUGGCGACAUCUGGAAGACCGCGAAAGUUUGUGGAAUGAGCAACUCAUCGAGAAGAGAGAAGAGAAUGCAUUCCUCAGCACGUUGGUGCAAGAGAAGGAAAUGGAGUGCCAGAAUUUGACGGAAUCACUAACUGAUGCGGCAAACAAUACUUCAAGGCUUGAGGGAAUAAACUCGGCGCUCCAGACGAACGUGAAUGACCUGAAAAAGGAAUUGCAAGAUGACCGACUGGCUCUGGGCCGACUCCAUGACCUGGAAAGCGAAUUUGAAAACCUCAAGAAGAACGUUCUGGACAAAGAGCAGACAAUUGCAUCAUUGAAGAAGGAAAUGCAGGAAAGAGAUGACUUGCACUCGACUAAGACACAGGAGCUUGGCCAAGAGGUUCAUGACCUUACCCAAAAGCUUGACACAUUCCGGAUGAACGCCGAGAGUCAACUUCAGAGUGGCAUUGAAGAUGAUCGCCGUCGCCAGCAAGAAAAUUUCGAGACAGAAACGGCGAGCCUUCGUCAACAGCACAUCAAAAGCGAGCAAGGACGACUUGCCGCGGAAAAAAAGUUGGAGUCGGCCAGCACUGAACACUUAGCUGAAAUCCAGGAUCUCCAAAUGCAACUUACAGAGAGGAAAGCAAGGGAGAAGCAGGCAAGCCAAGUUGUUCACACUCGGCGAAAAGAACUGUCGACGCUUGCCAACAACCUCUUGCGGUGGCUCCAUGACCAUCCCGACCUUCUGCAAGGACUCAAAGUGGAGAGUCAAGGCUUGAGUGAUAACAGCUCUGAAGUGCUGCGAACCAGUGGCGAGAGUGCCGGAUCCGUACCCAUACGCCAGGUUCUUUCUGCACUCUUCUCACAGUUGUCGAUUCAGGACGCGAGCCUCGCCAAGAUUGACCAUGACAAGAGAACAGCCGAGGCUUCAUCCCAGGGUCAUGCAAUACAGAGUCAGCCAAAAGGCGGAGAUUUGGGAACGAGUUCGUCCGAUUUGAGAAGUGUUUCUCUGUCCCCCAAGCCCGAAGCUGGUGAAUCUUUGCCAGACCGCGGAUCCCUUUCCCAAACCCUAUCUCAACAGCCGGUCUCUUAUGAGAGAACGAGAGCACGAAAGAGACGAGUCUUGCUCCGCAGCCCGCCAGAUGACGAGUCGAUCCGGGAGCCUUUGUCAAUCGAGCAAGAGAAAGAUCGCAGGCGCAGCGGAUUCCAGCCAAGAUCGAUUAUGAAGCCAACCCCCAUCCAAGACUCGAACACAAGCGACAAAGGGAUACCUCCGCUUCCAGAUCUUGUGAAAAAGACAGUUCUGAAUUCUGAGAAGUCUGUGUUCAGUCGCGGGCAAUAUAAUCGACCGGUCAUGGGAGCCGGCCCCCAGCCUGUUGAUGCUGGAAGGUGUACUCAUGGGGAGGCAAAAAAGGACAGUAACACCAAGCAGUCUCUGUCAGCCUUUGCGGAUGAAUCACGCAAACGCAUUGCCAGCGCUGGUGAAGGAGACCCAGGCAGUGGAAGCAGAACAUCAUCGAAGCGGCGCAAAUCGAGCCCUGAAGAGCCAAUCUGCGAGGCGGCGAAGCUCCAUGCAGGCAAGAGGAAUGGAAAACCCAGGUCUCUCAAGGGACCAUUCAUAUUCCGACAGAAAGAAGCUAGCACGGACGGGACUGCCCAGCGGAGCUAG